AUGGGGCCGUGGGCCGCUGGGCUGCGCGCCUGGGGGCUGCUGGUGGAGGCCGGCGCUCGUCUCCUCCGACACACGCGCUGCCGCCGGCUGGCCGUCCGCACGCCUCCCCGCCGACGGGCUCGCCGGCCCUUUCCCGCGCACCUUCCCUCCGACGGGCGUCGCGCCGACGCCUCCCCGCCGACUGGCGCUGGCCCCUCCCCGUCCGCCACCCCCAGCUUCGAGAGCCGGUGCCCGUCCACGGAUUCGAGCGCCGCCGCCCACACCCGGAUUGGAGGGACGGCGGCCUUCCUCUCGACUGCCUCCACCGUGACUCCAGGUACCCACCUCCACUUCGCCGCCGUUCACCAACACGGGCACCACCGCCUCCCCCGUGCUUCCUCCCGACUGCUUAUCCCUGCGCGGUCGGGAACCAGCCCCCAUGCACUGCUUCAGCGUAGUCCCCGUCCAGGCCUAGGUCGAGUGCGGAGUGCCGCUCCAGUUCAUACUUCGGCGCUGCGGCAUGCGGUAGGGAUGCAGAAGGAACACCUCGCCUUUGGUGGGCAAGCACACCACGAGGUCCUUGUUGGGAUGAGAGGGAUGACUAGAAUGCUCAGAGAAACAUCUUUACUUGACCCAGAUCUUUCAUUGCUUGUCUUCAGUCACCUAAAUAAGUUCAAGAAAAAUCUAAUAAAAAUAUGUUUUAUGCAUUGCUUCUUGGCCCAGCUGAGAGAACCCUCAUGUUAAAAAGUAGGAAGCAGUUUUGAAGCAAUUCCCAGUGUCUUUAGAAGCAUUCAUGGUUAAAAAGCAACGACGACAACCUCCUCCGUUCGAGCUGAGCACUGGUCAUAGUCCAAGUUGAGCAGUAGGUGCCGUCCAAGUUCAAAGAGGGUUGUAUGCAAGUACAGAAGUUUGUUUGAGUGAGAAAAAAUGCGGGGUUUUGACAAUAUUCUGUAUGGUUCAUUUGUUCAUCCUUAGAACUUGGCAAAAUUCAGUCUAUUUUUCUAUGAUGGAGGCACACAUGAA